UCCGCAGAGCGGCCGCGCCGAGCCCGUCUGGCCGGGGGCAGCGCCCGGGCGGUGCAGGGUGGGCGGGCAGCGUGGGGCUGGGCCCGGGCCAUGGGGCUGCGGGGCCGCUGCCGCCUCCUGCUGGGGCUACUGCUGCUGCUGCCCGGCGCGGCGCGCGGCUUCGGGGAGGACGAGGAGCGGCGCUGCGAUGCCAUCCGCAUCGCCAUGUGCCAGAACCUGGGCUACAACGUCACCAAGAUGCCCAACCUGGUGGGGCACGAGCUGCAGGCGGACGCGGAGCUGCAGCUCACCACCUUCACCCCGCUCAUCCAGUACGGCUGCUCCAGCCAGCUCCAGUUCUUCCUUUGUUCAGUCUAUGUUCCAAUGUGCACAGAGAAGAUUAACAUCCCAAUAGGUCCCUGCGGUGGCAUGUGCCUUUCCGUCAAAAGAAGAUGUGAACCUGUUCUGAAAGAAUUUGGAUUUGCCUGGCCAGACAGUCUAAACUGCAGUAAAUUUCCACCCCAGAAUGACCACAAUCACAUGUGUAUGGAGGGUCCAGGGGAUGAAGAGGUUCCCCUUCACAGCAAGACAUCCUUGCAGCCAGGAGAAGAGUGUCACACAAUGGGAUCUAAUUCAGAGCAGUAUAUCUGGGUAAAAAGAAGCCUGAGCUGUGUCCUUAAGUGUGGCUAUGAUGCUGGUCUCUAUAGCAGAUCAGCUAAGGAAUUCACUGAUAUCUGGAUGGCCGUGUGGGCUAGCCUGUGCUUCAUAUCAACAGCCUUCACAGUCCUGACCUUCCUGAUUGAUUCAUCCAGAUUUUCCUACCCUGAGCGCCCCAUCAUAUUUCUGAGCAUGUGCUACAAUAUUUAUAGCAUUGCUUAUAUCGUGAGGCUGACUGUAGGCCGGGAAAGGAUAUCCUGUGAUUUUGAAGAGGCAGCAGAACCUGUUCUUAUCCAAGAAGGUCUUAAGAACACAGGAUGUGCUAUAAUUUUCUUACUGAUGUAUUUUUUUGGGAUGGCUAGCUCCAUCUGGUGGGUGAUUCUGACAUUAACAUGGUUUCUAGCAGCAGGACUCAAAUGGGGCCAUGAGGCUAUAGAAAUGCACAGCUCCUAUUUCCAUAUUGCAGCCUGGGCUAUCCCUGCAGUGAAGACCAUAGUCAUCUUGAUUAUGAGACUAGUAGAUGCAGAUGAGCUCACUGGUCUGUGUUAUGUUGGCAACCAGAACCUAGAUGCACUCACUGGCUUUGUCGUUGCUCCGCUUUUCACCUACUUGGUUAUUGGAACUUUAUUCAUAGCAGCAGGCUUAGUGGCCUUAUUUAAAAUCAGGUCUAAUCUUCAAAAAGAUGGGACUAAAACUGACAAGCUGGAAAGACUGAUGGUCAAAAUUGGUGUCUUUUCAGUGCUAUACACUGUCCCAGCUACAUGUGUAAUUGCAUGUUACUUCUAUGAAAUCUCCAACUGGGCUAUCUUCCGCUAUUCAGCGGAUGAUUCCAAUAUGGCAGUGGAGAUGCUUAAAAUUUUCAUGUCUCUGCUGGUGGGUAUCACAUCUGGCAUGUGGAUUUGGUCGGCCAAGACUCUGCACACGUGGCAGAAGUGCUCUAACAGACUGGUGAACUCAGGGAAAGUGAAACGAGAGAAGAGAGCGGAUGGUUGGGUGAAACCUGGGAAAGGGAAUGAGACUGUGGUGUAAACAAAACCUCUGUGCUGACUUCUCUCCCAAGAAGGACUUGUGUAUAAACACUUGCAGUAGAAAUGUUGCUGGGGAGGUGUGGGGAGGUAAAGUACAAAAUCUGUCUCUGAAAAGAAGCCUUAAAGAAUAAGCAGAAAUUUAAAAAACAGAAUAACCAUAAACCAGGCUGCCCAAAAUACGAAAGCUCAGGGCGGCUUGGAACACUGUGAAAAAUCUGAACUUGUCACAUUUUUGUAAAGCAGGUUGCAAUGUAUUAAUGUCAUUAGAAGCCACAGGGUCUUGCAUCCUGAUUUUCCUGAAUCAUGUUAUGGUGCAUGGAGGAGGAGGGUCAAGUUCUGGGCUGAUUUAGGGUCCAAUCCUGUGAGGGGCUGGGUGCUCUCAGCUUCAAUUGACAACAUCAGUCCCUUUGAAUUCAGUGUCUUAAGGGAUGUGGUCAGGACCUUUUAGGAUUGGACCCAUAGCCGGUACAACCUGUUGCCUUCAUCGGUGUUGUGUGGUGCAUAAUUCAGCCAAGGAUUAGGUCCUCAUGCAAAUGCCAGCUAAGUUUUCCAGGUAUGAAAACAACUCAAACAGUGAAUUUGUAGGAUUCAGUUAGGUGUUAGGAUGGAUUGCUGUAUACCUCAGCUGACAACCUAAUACUAACCUCUAUAUCGGCACACUCUUUGCUGUCUAAAACAUCAGUACUUCAUUUGAGGUGUUUAGAAGCUUCACUCCGUACCUUUAUCAGAAGUAGAUUAACUUGGAGUCUGAAGCAUAACAGCAUAUAUAGUUGCCAUUUUCUCCCUUCCACCCCCUCCCCCUUUUCCCUGCCCCCUUUUGUCCUUUUUCGAUAACCUGGCUAUUUCCAGCCUCUGACUACUUUAUUCCUCUGCAUUAAUAACUUAGGUUUUUUCUUUUAAUAGCUCUCCUUCCUACUGCAAUAUACAGCUGAGGGAAAGUGAAUGAAGGCUCACUUUGGACAAACUCUUUAUUCAGCAGAACAUGUAGUUUUUCUCCAAGUAAACUUAUCUGGCUCUCCCCAGAGACCUAUUGCAUUAAGCAAUUAAGACUUAAUAUAUUUCACUCUGUGUGAUUACAUCUAUGCAGACGCCAGUCUGGGAGAAGUGAAAUGUUAAGUUCCUUGGCAACUUCAUGUUCACACAGAUCAGUUGUAUAAUUGUGUGUGUCAAUUAAAAAUAAAAGAACAUUCUCCAGCCAUGACAUAGCAGUACAGCUGACUGGCUCAAACUGAUGGUCACUGAGAGUGACUUACAAGUUUUUUUUUUAUGUAAGAAUGUUAUCAGACUUCAGCAACAAUGGAGACAUUUUCCUUUUCAAAAAGGGCUCCAUGGAGAAGAAAUCCAACUUCUUCUUGGUGAGUAAUUGUUUCAUAGUUAGUGCCAAGGUUCCUUGCCCUUGGCCUGUCGCGUUCAUAGGGAGCAUGAGACUAUGAAUGUCAUAGUCCUGCUUGAUUAACAGGAAGUAUAAUAGAAACAUAAAGAGCAGCAUUUAAGUGCUCCCCUUGAAGGACCCACCAGUAGCUUCACCUGUGUGCCCUAAAAUCUUGCUUCAUCUCCAGCGUAUGGAGGCCUGAUCGAGUGAGGUGCUGAGUGCCUUCAAUUCCGGUGGACUUAAGUGGUAGCUGAGGGUAUUGUGGUCUUUUGUAGGAUGAGGCAGGCCUGAAAGGGGUCCCCCCUCUAUCUCUCAAACUGUUAAAGACACGCAUUGUGUCUGUGCUGAAAUAUGUGCUUAAAAACAAAACAACCUCAUCUCAGCCUGCGCAGUUGGGAUCAGUCACUAGCACAGCAAGUGACAACUUGACUUAUUCUACCCACAGCACACCAUUAUGUACUAGCUGAGUGUUCCAAAUCCAUUCCUCUAUCAAGUCUCUUCUAUUGGACAGUAAUGCCUGUUGGAUCUAUGUAUUCUGGUCUGGAAACAGAGUUCUGCAAGAAUGAAAGGUGUGGAUGGCUGGGCUUCACCACAGUGCUUGAUGUAUUUACGAUUGGAUUAAGGAUGCCAAAUCAGAUGCUACUUACAAAUUCUGCGGGGUGAAGGAGAGAAAGUGAGUGGGACAAAUUAAUCCAGGCAUCCGUCCAGUGAAGUCACGGGUUAAUGACCCUAGGUGAUUCAUACACACUGAACUUCAUGCUAUUUGAUGUGAUUGACCUAUGCAUUUUUAUCCUUGUCAUCCCAGAAUGUAUUGUUAAGGGGGUGACCGUUCCUGUUAUCAUUGAAUUUCAGAGCAUGACUCAGUGGAUCUUUUACUAGAAUGGUAGCACUGCUGAUUAGUGACAUCUGAAAGUGAGUCAGAUGAGGAUGAUGUUUCCUUGCAUUGCAGGGUGAGGGGAUGAUAAAUCCAUUAAAGUUGUGAGGCACUCAAAUACUAUGGGGAUAGCAGUCACAUAGCAGCAGUUGUCCCUUGGAGGCAUUGUGCCUGCCUAAAUUCUCUUGCAGUUAUGUACCAGAGCUCAGUGAAUUUAUUCCUGAUUUACCUCAAGGUAAUGAAGCAGAGCAUCUGACCCAGGGCCACAGAAGCCCCUCUGAAAAGGCACAAGUUAACUAUGUGCAUUUACCUUGCUGUUCUAGUUGUUCAGGCAUUAGUGAUUGGAAAAGCCACUCUAGAUUAGUGGUUCCCAAACUGGAGUUCAUGAACCCCCGGUGGGUUGUGAAAUGUUACAGAGGGUUCUUGGGGGGAAAAAAAUGGAUCCAGCAGUCCGGAGCCCCUGGACUUCCAAGAGAUAAACAGAUCAAAGCAAGCCUAUCUAUCACACUGCGGAGAUUUAAACUGCAAGACUCCUUAUAAGAAAUGGAAAGGGAGGUGGAUAUUUUUUUGCUGUUUUUAAAAUUAAAUAGGCAGCUUGUAUUGUUUUUAAAAUUAUUAUGAAGAACAAGUUUAAGCUUUGUUGUAACGUGCGUUGUUUGCCCGGACGGCUCAAGACCCGAAUGCUUGUGUAGGAGGAACUCUUUGAGUUGGCUUCUUAAAUACCUUUAUGCUGUUUCACAUCUGAUACUCCUUGAUGAAACAUAGGAGCCUUGUCUUAUAACAGGCUUAUUCAAAGUGAUACAAGCUACAAAAGUGAGAUCUUGGAAGAGUGUUGCCGUUUUCAUAAUGUACUAAAAAUACUGUAAUGAUAAAUAAUUAAUAAUAAAUAGUGUGUAAUAAGCAUGUCAUAAAAACAAAUUUUGUAUUUCCAAGAUCACUGCUUUUAUAAUUUAUACUCAGGUAAAGGAGAAAAUCCCUGGAAAUAUUCAUUUUUAGGAGGGUUCACUAAAAUGUCAAGUCUCGUGAAAGGGGUUGACAGGUUGUUAAAGUUGGGGAACCACUAGAUCAAGUCUGAAGCACGGCAGUUAUGAAGACUGAAUAUCUGCAACUCAGUUUCUCUCAUUUCAACAUAGUUAUGAAUUUAAAACCAAAAAAUGUGUGACUAAUCCUGCCUUGAAAGUGCAGUUGCUGUGGCUACAGAGCUCAAAACUUUACAACAGUUACUUUUUCUGCACAAUCCCUUCUGCUCCUUUCUCUCUCAAGCCAGUCCCAUCCCCAGUUGGUGUUUUGUGCUGACAUACAGGCUUCUGAAAUGUCUGACAGACAGGUACAAGCUAAACUACUUAUGAUAGAGCUUCAGAAAGAGAAACUAACUUGUCGAAGGGAAUGGACACUGAUAAUUUUUUAGAUGUACAGAAAGUAUAUCUGCAUUGAUGUAUGUACUGUAAAUUUCUAAUUUAUCACUGUACAAAAAACUUUGCUAUUUAAUUUUUGUAUCAAAAUAAAAUUUUGUUAACCUC